AUGUCACAGCCACAACUUUCAAAGAUUGAGGUCCUAGUGCACAUAUCCGCACCCGGAACCGUAAGAGAUGACACGACUUACCGCUCCCAUGCCUCAGCAUGUCUUGCCUUUGAGCCCGUGACUCGAAUCGGCGUUGUUCCAGAGGAAUCUUAUGAGGGGGGUAUCGCUGUCAAUAUUCCACCACCCUCUUCGGCCAGACAGGAGGAUGCAGACACCACGUUCGGAUUCGGAUCGUUCACGAGCUCUUGGCCUUCAAGUGCAGAGGCAUAUGGCCGCGGACACCAGACAAGCUCAGACUCAGGUGUGAUUGAAGACGAAGUUGAUGGAUCCUCAGAGGCAUGCACACCACCUAGUACUGUUCCUGAUUCGCAGGCGGAGUCGGAUCGAACUGAUACGCCCACGCCUACGCCCACGCCCACUCCACCACUAACAUGGGAAAUCGAACGGAACCAAAGCCCAGACGCCUCGCCCAUAAAACCAAUUUACAUCUCUCUUUCGUCAUCUUGUGAGGAAUCCUCUUUCCGUUCCCUAGAUCCAGACGCGGAUGCAAAUACAGAUGCAAAUACGGAUGCAGAAGCAGAAGAGGAGGAAGAAGAAACGCUCCGCCUACCGAUGGAAAUUCACCCACCUCAUCCAAACCCCUCAUCAACCGCACGCUUCGAAACACAUCUCACACCCGCUCUUCGCAUGCUAGCCUGCCAUUCCAAGUUAUGCAAACGGUACGCACCGGCCUAUCAGUCCAGACGUCUGCGGCCGUGCGAGCGAGGAUACUGGUUUCUACAUAUCCCUAUCACCGGACCUGGAUCUGCACCCGGCCACGAAGCAUGGGGCAUGCAGCGGUUCAGGCAGUUCUGGGGGUAUUUACGUGAGUACGUUAGCCUGGGGAAGGCGGGGUGGGGAGUGUGGUGUUGUGCAGAUCGUGCAGAUGCAGAUGGUGGAUAUGUUGAUGUACGUGUUUGUACGUGGGGGGAGGUGGUAGGGGCGGUGUACCUUGUUUUAUACCUGGCCAGUGAUAGGGCGGUAGGGCGAUUGGAGGGCGUAGAGUGGCGGGAUGCGGGUGAGAAGGCCGUUAUUAGGAUGUAA